AUGCAUUCACGCGUGCUCAUGGUUUGUUGGAGACGUAAGCUUUUCUUUCUCGGUACUUCCCUACUAUUUCUGCUGGCCCUGUGGUUUUGGGGCUUCCUAUACACUACGCACAUUACCGAGGAAGGUGGUAAAAUAGUGUCGGUAAGAGAGCUAAUGCUUGGCAGCACACACGGCCGCCAUGAGAGUUUGCUGCAACGUUUAGGUUUCCACGAUCGUCAUGAGGAUGUAGCGAUUCCGCAUGGUAUUGCAACACAUGGCGAACAAGUGUCCGCACAGUUUGAAGUCGAUGAAGGUGGUGUAAAGUUUGUCAAACCGACGCCGAGUGGGUUACGUCCAGCGAAGGGUAUGUUUGUAGAUAGACGGCACGAUUGGGAUGUGAUCAUGCAGGAUCGAAUGGAUGAGGGCAAACUGGGUUCUCAGCAGCUCAACGCCAAAGCACAACGACACAUCUCAGAUGAAAUGCGUAUAGCAGCCGAACGACAAAGCCACUACGAGCACGAACUGAAGCGUAUGGGCGUUCCGGUAAUUGCAGGAAUCGGUCCAGGUGGAAGACCUCCUCCUGCCCAACGGCUGGUACACUUUGAUCUGAAGGGAGCGCCACCAAAAAUAUCCUACCUUCGACGGUUAAUGCCGAUCCUAAAAACAUUAGGAGCGACAGGCAUCUUACUCGAGUACGAGGAUAUGUUUCCUUACGGUGGUUCACUGGCCCCGUUGGCCGCACGAAAUGCUUACAAUCGUGACGAAAUUCUGGAGCUCUUGAAGACCGCCUUCGCACUUGGAAUCACCGUAAUUCCUUUGGUGCAGACGUUUGGCCAUCUGGAGUAUGCACUGAAGCUGAAAGAAUUUGCACACUUGCGAGAAGUUGAAGAUUCACCCCAAGCCCUCUGUCCGAGCUAUAAUUCCUCGAUAGCGUUCGUAGAAGAGUUAUUGACGCAAGUCAUCGAGUACCAUAUGCCGGCAACAAAUGCAAAUCUGCUCCACAAGGAAGAUAUUGAACGACUGACACCCAAGCUGACACACAUUCACAUCGGUUGCGAUGAGGUGUACCGGUUAGCGGAAUGUCCUCGCUGUCGACAUUGGCUUAAGGAUCAACUGUUUCUUGAUCAUGUGUACAACGUGGCUACGAUCGUGCGCCGUCGAUGGCCACAUCUUCGGAUCAUUAUAUGGGACGAUAUGUUGCGACACAUGGCUCUUGAUACGCUACAAGCUUCGGGCAUUGGGAAACUAGUCGAGCCAAUGAUCUGGGUGUAUGCGGAAGAUAUCUACAAAUUCGUCCAAUCAGCCACCUGGGAGAAGUAUGCAUCCGUCUUCAGUACGGCAUGGGCUGCCUCCGCGUUUAAAGGAGCACAUGGCGAAGGAUUGUUGAUGCCUCCGAUACGGCGCCAUUUAGAAAACACACUCCGAUGGUUAGCGGUAAUGCAGGGAGAGGGAAAUCGGUUUACACACGGUCUGCAAGGACUAGCGCUUACGGGCUGGCAGCGUUACGAUCACUUUGCAAUUCUAUGCGAACUACUUCCUGCCGCUUUGCCCAGUCUUGCGGUGUGUCUUUCAACGGCCGCAAAAGGAUACUUUGAUGUAAGUGCAAAAACGAAUCCAAUACUCAGCAGCCUAACGUGUCCGGAACCUACCGGUGAGCAUCAUGCCUGGUUGGAGCUGCACAAGGACUCGCUGAUGGUGAUGUUUUCACGCUGCAUGUUUCCCGGCAGCAUGAUCUAUCGCUUCAUGUUACGUUUGGCGACGUUGACGGCGGAAACCGAGGAGUACACGGAUACGAUACGGCAGCGACGCGGUUGGCUAACGGACUACAACAUUCGCCACAACUUUAGCAGUGCGGCACGGGUUGAUGAUUUGCUGGGGGAGAAUUAUCGUCUACUAAAUUCGGUCUCCAAUCUGGCACGCACUGCUGCCUCUACGCUGACGGAAGUGUAUGAUCAUUGGACUUAUGGUGAAUUCAUCGAACAACGCAUUUUCCCGAUGCUGGAGGAAUUGAAACGCUUGGAACGUGCUGGGGAAGGACUUAAAAAACGACGCGUAUGGUCACAGCGCCCGCUACCCUAUCUGAAACCGUUUGAAGUGCUUGGGAUUGAUGAAAAAACCUAGCUAGCCGAGUACGUU